AUGGUGUUAGAGGGAGGCUUGCCGGCCCCGCUGCAGCUGUAUGCGGCGGCGGCUGCCGGCCUGGCCCCAAGGCCGACGUGGCCCCCGUUCUUACCGUUUUUUGGUGUGCCACCGCCGUUCUUGGCGCGACCAAGACUCCCCCAUCCGUUACCGACGCGGGCCCCUCAUGGACCCCCCAGCGAAGACUCUAAUGAAGACGGUGGAAGCAGUAAAGGUGGCCUUGGUGAUGAUGAUGGAGACAGUGGAAAGCGAAGACGUUCACGAACAAAUUUCAAUUCAUGGCAGCUAGAAGAGCUAGAAAGAGCGUUCUUAGCGUCACAUUACCCAGACGUAUUUAUGCGGGAGGCACUUGCAAUGAGACUGGAUCUUAAAGAGAGCAGAGUUGCGGUAUGGUUCCAAAAUCGUCGUGCAAAGUGGCGUAAAAAAGAACAUACAAAGAAGGGCCCUGGCCGGCCAGCUCACAACGCUCACCCACAGUCCUGCUCCGGCGAGCCCAUCCCUCCGCACGAGCUGAGAGCACGCGAGAGGGCGAGAAGAAGAAAGAAGUUGGCAAAAGCAUUAGAAAGACAAGCAAGAAAGCUGCGUGCGAAAGGCAUUGCAGUGGACCUGGAAGCUCUGAAAGCUGAGUACUUAGCACAGCAUAGGAAUAGUGGACUAUACUCCGAUUCUGAUGGAGAAAUAGAUGGAGAAGAAUGUAUGAUAGAUGUGGUCGGCGGAGACUCUUGCCACGAUUCUGGACCUGAAGAUUUUUCACUGUCAGGAAGGCUGCGUGCACCUUCUGGAACAGAUGCAAUAAAUAAUUCUGAUAGUUCCACGUCAGAUGGUCACUCUGCUAGAAACUUUAGUCCACUCCCCGAUCCUCAGUCGUCUUUUUUCAAGCAGUUCAGCACAGCAGCGGGGAGCUUUGACAAAUUCGACUUCGACUCAGGAAGGGCAGUCUCUUUAGACCUAAGCGGCAGUUCAAACACCGAACAGGACCUAUCCAAAAACGGGGGAACAAGAAAACAUAACCCAUUCAGUAUAGAAUCACUCCUUAACACG